AGGCCCUGGUAGGGCUGAGGUUCAGGAAGAGGGCAGGGCCCUCAGCCGGGACCCAGGAUGGCGGAGGCUGAUCCACCUUUGGACCAGGAGCUGGAGAGUGAGCCCCGCAGCUGGUCCCUGCUGGAGCAGCUGGGUCUGGCAGGUGCUGACCUGGCAGCUCCCGGGGUGCAACAGCAGCUGGAACUAGAGCGGGAGCGGCUGCGGCGAGAGAUCCGCAAGGAGCUGAAGCUGAAGGAGGGCGCCGAGAACCUGCGGCGGGCCACCACCGACCUGGGUCGCAGCCUGGGGCCCGUGGAGCUGCUGCUGCGAGGCUCCUCCCGCAGGCUUGACCUGCUGCACCAGCAGCUGCAGGAGCUGCACGCCCACGUGGUGCUGCCUGACCCUGCGGCUGCCACCCAUGAUGCCCCCCUGUCCCCUGGUGAGGGUGGCCCGGCCUGCUCAGCCGCCAACCUGAGCCGCGUGGCUGGUCUGGAGAAGCAGCUGGCCAUCGAGCUGAAGGUGAAGCAGGGGGCAGAAAACAUGAUCCAGACAUACAGCAACGGCAGCACCAAGGACCGGAAGCUGCUGUUGACGGCCCAGCAGAUGCUACAGGACAGUAAGACCAAAAUUGACAUCAUCCGCAUGCAGCUCCGCCGGGCGCUGCAGGCCUGCCAGCUGGAGAGCCAGGCAGCCCCAGAUGAGGCCCAAGGGGGUCCGGACCUGGGGGCGGUGGAGCUGCGCAUUGAGGAGCUGCGGCACCACUUCCGAGUUGAGCACGCAGUGGCCGAGGGCGCCAAGAAUGUGCUGCGCCUGCUCAGCGCCGCCAAGGCCCCUGACCGCAAGGCACUCAGCGAGGCCCAGGAGAAGCUGACCGAGUCCAACCAGAAGCUGGGGCUUCUUCGAGAGGCGCUGGAGCGGCGACUUGGGGAGCUGCCCACUGACCACCCCAAGGGGCAGCUGCUGCGCGAGGAGCUCGUUGCAGCCUCAUCCGCAGCCUUCAGUGCCCGCCUGGCCGGGCCCUUCCCUGCCAUGCACUAUAGCACCUUAUGCAAGCCCUCACCGCUCACAGGGACCCUGGAGGUGCGUGUGGUGGGCUGCAGGGACCUUCCAGAGACCAUCCCCUGGAACCCUUCACCCUCAACGGGAGGGCCUGGGCCCCCGGACAGCCGCACCCCCUUCCUGAGCCGGCCAGCUCGCGGCCUUUACAGCCGAAGUGGAAGCCUUAGUGGCCGGAGCAGCCUCAAAGCCGAAGCCGAGAACACCAGUGAAGUCAGUACUGUGCUCAAGCUGGAUAAUACAGUGGUGGGACAGACAUCCUGGAAGCCAUGUGGUCCCAACGCCUGGGACCAGAGCUUCACCCUGGAGCUAGAGAGGGCACGGGAACUGGAAUUGGCUGUGUUCUGGCGGGACCAGCGGGGCCUGUGUGCCCUCAAAUUCCUGAAGUUGGAGGAUUUCUUGGACAAUGAGAGGCAUGAGGUCCAGCUGGACAUGGAACCCCAGGGCUGCCUGGUGGCUGAGGUCACCUUCCGCAACCCUGUCAUUGAGAGGAUACCCCGGCUUCGACGGCAGAAGAAAAUCUUCUCCAAGCAGCAAGGGAAGGCGUUCCAGCGUGCUAGGCAGAUGAACAUCGACGUCGCCACCUGGGUGCGGCUGCUUCGAAGGUUCAUUCCCAGUGCCACGGCCACGGGCACCUUCAGCCCGGGGUCUUCUCCCGCACCCGAGACCCGAUCCACAGGCGACAUAUCCGUGGAGAAGCUUAACCUCGGGGCAGAUUUGGACAACUCCCCCCAGAAGAGCCCUCUGGGUUUUCCUUCCAGCCCAUCAAGUCUGGUAACAUCACAUCCUGUUCACUGCAGCAGCUUUGUGAGGGCAAAAGAGUGGAAACAACUUCAGGGUCCCUCCAUGGAUGACAGAUGGAUUCUAGGAGCCUGUUUAGCUGACAAGGCUGCCGAGGUUCAGAGAUAUGAAGCAAUUUGCCCAAGGUUGCACAGCCAUAAGAGGCCUUCAACAAAUAGCCAAUGUUUGAGGUCUCUAGGGAGUGUGAGAGUUGGGGGUAGGGAGCUACUAUGCUCUCUGACCCCUGUCCCCACCCUGUCCAGCCUGAUGUGUGAGAAGCGGAUCUUGGCAGCGGUGACCAGCGCAGGACACCCCUUCCUGGUGAACCUGUUUGGCUGUUUCCAGACACCGGAGCACGUGUGCUUUGUGAUGGAAUACUCGGCUGGUGGGGACCUGAUGCUGCACAUCCACAGUGACGUCUUCUCCGAACCCCGAGCUAUCUUCUAUUCAGCCUGCGUGGUGCUGGGACUGCAGUUUCUCCACGAACACAAGAUUGUCUACAGGGACCUGAAGUUGGACAAUCUGCUCCUGGACACGGAGGGCUAUGUCAAGAUUGCAGACUUUGGCCUCUGCAAGGAGGGGAUGGGCUAUGGGGACCGGACCAGCACAUUCUGUGGAACCCCGGAGUUCCUGGCCCCCGAGGUGCUGACAGACACGUCGUACACGCGGGCGGUGGACUGGUGGGGGCUGGGCGUGCUGCUCUAUGAGAUGCUGGUUGGUGAGUCCCCGUUUCCAGGGGACGAUGAGGAAGAAGUAUUUGACAGCAUCGUCAACGAUGAGGUUCGCUACCCCCGAUUCCUGUCAGCUGAAGCCAUCGGCAUCAUGCGUAGGCUUCUGCGGAGGAAUCCGGAACGGAGGCUGGGAUCCAGCGAGAGGGAUGCGGAGGAUGUGAAGAAACAGCCCUUCUUCAGGACCCUGGGCUGGGACGCCCUGCUGGCCCGGCGCCUGCCGCCGCCCUUCGUGCCCACGCUGUCAGGCCGCACAGAUGUCAGCAACUUUGAUGAGGAGUUCACCGGGGAGGCCCCCACGCUGAGCCCGGCCCGGGACUCGAGGCCCCUCACAGCCGCGGAGCAGGCGGCCUUCCGGGACUUCGACUUCGUGGCCGGGGGCUGUUAGCCUGCUCCCCUGCCCUUGCUCCCUCCCAGCUGUUGUUAGUUUUUAAAAAUGCCUUUGGGGUUUGCCCCCUCCAUGCA